GCAGAGGGUUAUAAAUACUGCCCACAGCGCCAGCCAUCAGACAUCACCAAGGGCGCAAGGAAGAAAGGAGUGAAGAGGAGAGAAGAGGAGUGGAGAGGAGAGGAGAGGAGAGGAGCAGAGCCGGGCCUCCCGGCAUCCUCCUGACAGGCCUCCUUGCCUUACGAUUCUGGAACCAAAAAACCAAGCAAAAUGAAGUCCCUGUUGCUGCUUUUGCUUCUUGGGCUUUCACUAAGCUGGAAGAAGGGACAGGCACUGAUUACUCCCAAUGACCUCCAGGACAUGUCUGCCCAGGGGAAUAGAUACAUAGGCAAUGAAUAUGAAAAUGCUCUCAAUGGGGUAAAACAGAUGAAAAAUCUAAUGGACAAGACAGGAAAGGAUCGCAGAAUGCUGCUCACCAACCUAGAAGAAGCCAAGAAGCAGAAGGAGGAAGCCAUCCAAGAGGCCAAAACCCUAGAGAAGCUGAUGGUUGAGAAACCAGAAGUGUGCAACGAUACCAUGAUGACCCUGUGGGACGAAUGUAAACCCUGCCUGAAACAAACCUGCAUGAAAUUCUACACCAAGGUGUGCAGGAGUGGCUCAGGCAUGGUAGGCCGCCAGUUAGAGGAGCUCCUGAACCAGUCUUCUCCUUUCUCCAUCUGGCUCAAUGGGGACCGAAUGGACACUCUGCUGAAAAAUGAUCAGGAACAAAAACGCAGGCUGAUGAACCUGGAAGAGAAUUACAACGUGGUCCAGCACAACAUGGAUGAAUUAUUCCUCCGCAGCCUCUUGUACCCAGAGAGCAUGCACCCUUUCAUCAUCCGCCCCUUCGGAGGAUUAUUCAGCGACUCUCCGAGGCCUCCAUUCAGACCUACAUUUUUCUCAAAGCAGAGGGUGGUCCGCGAAAUUCCACCUUUCUUCUCCCAACAUCCAGCAGGUUUCCAACACCUGUUCCAGCCUUUCCUUGAAAUGUCCCAGAAGAUUAUGGAGAGUGCCCAGAGGGCUAUGGAAAAGGAAAGAGAAUGGAAUCUCAACACCUAUCACUCUCCAGAAAAUGACACCAAUGAACGCAUGGUAUGCCGAGAAAUCCGUCGUAACUCAGCAGGAUGCUUGAAGAUGAAGGAUCAAUGUGAGAAGUGCCGGGAGAUUGUGUCAGUAGACUGCUCUGAGACAGAUUCAAACCACACGCAUCUGAGGGAAAAGUUCGAGGAUGCCCUUCGCGUAGCAGAAAAGUUCACCAAGCAGUACAACGACCUCCUUCAGUCGUACCAGGCGAAGAUGCUGGAUACCUCCACCCUCCUGGACCAACUGAACCAGCAGUUUGGGUGGGUGUCCCGGCUGGCCAACGCCACCAAGAUCAAGAACGGCGAAUAUCUCCAGGUCUCCACGGUGUUCUCUAGGUCUCCAGACCCAAAGGACCCAUCCAAACCCUCUGACACAGAAGUGGUCGUGCAGCUCUUCGACUCUGAACCAAUCACGCUGACUGUGCCUGCGGAGAUCUCCUGGGAUGACCCCAAGUUCAUGGAGAUCGUAUCGGAAGAAGCUCUUAAACAAUACAAAAAGAAAGAUAUGGAAAAUCAAAUCGUGUGAAGGGGGCUUUCCCUACCUUUUGGCUGACUGAAUCCAGAUCCCGCAGCUUCUCCAAAAGGUUCCUGCAUGCUAUCUAGACACCAACUUCAGGUGGGGGGAUCAAGGGGACCUUGAUCUGGUAUAAGCCCCUUCCACACCCUACAUCUGCCUGCACUUCCAGAUUUCACACUGUUAACGCCUGUACUUUGCUGCUGUAGGGAGAUACCUCCCUCUCUGAACAACUAACUCAAUAAACUAAAAACUUGACACUGA